UCUCAGCGCUGCUAUAUUUAAGACGGUGCAGGCUCCAGGAUCACGUUCUUCCCUGUGCUCACUGGGCCAAGGGCACACAAAGACCCAGGACCCUCUCGCGCUAGGAUCUUCUCCCCAGAGACACCUGAGUGAAUACAGCUGCUUCUAUUGUCACUGUCACAGCCAUGACUCUGCCCCAUGGCCCCAGCGGCGUGGGGGAGCCCCGGCAGCCCCAGGUCAUGCAGGUCCACAAGUUGGAACAUCGGCAGGAGGAGGAGCAGAAGGAGGAGAGACAGCAGAGCCUGCACAUGGGCUCCUCGGUGCGGAGGCAUACCUUCCGCAGCAGGGAGGAAGAGCACCAGUUCAGUGCCGCCGACUACGCCCUGGCCGCAGCCCUGGUCCUCACAGCCACCUCAGAGGUGUCCAGGGAAGCUCAGCUGAGGCGCCAGACCUCCACUGUGGAGCUGGAGGAGCGUGGGCAGAAGCGGGUGGGCUUUGGCAAUGACCGGGAGAGGAUGGAGGUGGCCUUCCUGCGGACCCAGAGGCUGCUGCGCCAGAGACGCAACUGGAAGGCGAUGCGACAGCGGACGGAGGAGAAGGUCUGGGAGGCCAAGGAGCUGAGGGAGCUGUGUUCUGGCCGGGGCCCCUGGUUCUGGAUUCCGCUGCGCUCCCAUGCUGUCUGGGAACACACCACGGUCCUGCUGACUUGCACCAUCCAGGGCUCGCCGCCACCCCAGGUCACCUGGUACAAGAAUGAUGUGCGGAUCGAUCCCCGCCUCUUUCCUGCAGGAAAGUACCGAAUCACCAACAACUAUGGGCUGCUGACACUGGAGAUUAGGAGAUGCACCCUUGAGGACUCAGCCACCUACAUGGUGAAGGUAAAGAACGCCUACGGCCAGGCCUCGUCCUUCGCCAAAGUCCUCGUCCGCACUUACCUGGGGAAGGAGGCUGGCUUUGAUUCAGAGAUCUUUAAAAGAGCCAUGUUUGGUCCCAGUGUGGAAUUCACGUCGGUGCUGAAGCCAGUCUUUGCCCGUGAGAAGGAGCCCUUCUCCCUGUCCUGCUUGCUCUCAGAAGACGUGCUAGAUCCUGAGCAGAACAUCCAGUGGUUCCGAGACGGCCGGCUACUGAGGUCCUCAGCACUUCGGCAGAUCCUCUAUGCAGACUUCCAGGCGUCCCUGAAGGUGUCCUGUGCCUACAAGGAGGAUGAGGGGCUCUACACAGUGCGAGUAUCCUCCCCUUUUGGGCCCCAGGAACAGAGCACCUAUGUGUUUGUGAGAGACGCUGCAGCUGAGAAGCCGGGAGCUCCAGGCUCCCCACUCAACGUCCAGUGCCUGGAUGUGAAUAGGGACUGCCUUGUCCUGACUUGGGUCCCACCCAGCGACAACCGGGGCAGCCCCAUCAUCGGCUACUCCAUCGAGCGGUGCCAGGGUGAUUCCGAGGAAUGGGUGCCCUGCCAUGAAGCCCCUGGGGGGACCUGUCGGUGCCCAAUCCAAGGCCUCAUUGAAGGCCAGAGCUAUCGGUUCAGAGUGAGAGCUAUCAACAGGGCAGGCAGCAGCCUCCCCUCCAAGGCCUCAGAAGUGGUUGUCAUGGGCGACCAUGAUGCAGUCCGGAGGAAGACAGAGAUCCCCUUUGACCUGGGCAGCAAGAUCACAGUCAGCAUGGACGAUUUUGAAGAUGUUGUGACCAUCCCUUCGCCCCCGACCAACGUCCAUGCCAGUGAGAUCCGAGAGGCCUAUGUGGUUCUGAGCUGGGAGGAGCCGAGCCCCAGGGGCAAAGCCCCCUUGACGUAUUCCCUGGAGAAGUCAGUCAUAGGCAGUGGCACCUGGGAGGCCAUCAGCUCAGAAACUCCCGUGAAGUCCCCGAGAUUCGCCCUUCUGGACCUGGAGAAAGGGAAGUCGUAUGUCUUCAGAGUGCGAGCCAUGAACCAGUAUGGCAUGAGUGAUCCCUCAGAGCCCAGCGAGCCCAUCGCCCUGAGGGGCAAGCCAGCUACUCUCCCUCCUCCGGCUCAAGUUCAAGCUUUCCGAGACACGCAGACCUCUGUGUCCCUGGCCUGGGAGCCUGUGGAUGGCGGCACAGAGCUCCUGGGUUAUUAUAUCUACUCCCGGGAGACAGGUUCAUCCGAGUGGCAAACAGUGAACAACAAACCCAUCCAGGGGACUAAGUUCACAGUUCCUGGGCUGAGAACAGGAAAGGAGUAUGAGUUUUGUGUCCGGUCAGUCAGUGAGGCCGGGGUGGGUGAGAGCUCGGCCCCCACUGAGCCCAUCAGAGUCAAACAGGCUCUGGCCACCCCAUCGGCCCCAUAUGACUUUGCCCUUCUGCACUGCGGGAAAAAUGAAAUGGUCAUUGGGUGGAAGCCUCCCAGGCGUCGCGGAGGUGGCAAAAUCCUGGGCUACUUUCUGGACCAGCGUGAUUCCGAGGAGCUGGACUGGCACCCGGUCAGCCAGCAGCCUGUCCCAAGUCAGCUCUGCAAGGUCAGCAAUCUUCAUGAAGGCCACUUCUAUGAGUUCCGGGCCCGAGCUGUAAACUGGGCAGGGGUCGGUGAGCUGUCGGCACCCAGCAACCUGUUUGAGUGCAAGGAGUGGACGAUGCCCCAGCCAGGUCCCCCAUAUGACGUGCGGGUGUCCGAGGUCCGGGCCACCUCCCUGAUGCUGCAGUGGGAGCCCCCGCUGUACAUAGGCAGCGGGCCAGUCACAGGCUACCUUGUCAGUUGCCAGGAGGAGGGCUCUGAGGAGUGGAAACCAGUUACCCCAGACACCAUCUCUGGCACCCACCUCAGGGUGUCUGACUUGCAGCCAGGAAAGAGGUAUAUGUUCCAAGUACAGGCCAUGAAUUCAGCUGGGCUGGGACAACCGUCCAUGCCCACUGACCCCGUACUCCUGGAGGACAAGCCAGGUACCCGGGAGAUUGAGGUUGGUGUGGAUGAAGAGGGCCGUAUUUACUUGGCUUUUGAAGCCCCGGAGGCCCCUGACUCCUCAGAGUUUCAGUGGUCCAAAGACUACAAGGGUCCACCAGACCCCCAGAGGGUGGAGAUCGAGAAUGAACUAAACAAGUCCAAGGUCAUCCUGAAAGAACCGGACCUUCAGCAUUUGGGCACUUACUCCGUCAUAGUCACUGAUGCUGACGAAGACAUCUCCGCAAGCCACACACUGACAGAGGAAGAACUGGCCAAGCUAAAGAAGUUGAGCCACGAGAUCAGAAACCCAGUGAUCAAGCUGAUCUCAGGCUGGAACGUGGACAUCCUCGAGCAAGGAGAGGUGCGGCUCUGGCUAGAGGUGGAAAAGCUGUCACCGGCAGCAGAGCUGCACCUCAUCUUCAACCAGCAGGAAAUCUUCAGUUCACCGAACCGCAAAAUCAAUUUUGACCGUGAGAAGGGCCUAGUGGAAGUGAUCAUCCAGCACUUGACCGAGGAUGACAAAGGGUCCUACACCGCUCAGCUACAAGAUGGAAAAGCUAAAAACCAGAUCACCCUGGCCCUGGUGGACGAUGAUUUUGACAAACUUCUGAGGAAGGCAGAUGCUAAGAGAAAAGACUGGAAGAGAAAGCAGGGUCCCUAUUUCCAGGAGCCUUUGCAGUGGAAGGUCACAGAGGAUUGCCAAGUGUUGCUGACAUGCAAGGUGACCAAUACUAAGAAGGAGACUCGCUUUCAGUGGUUCUUCCGGAAGAGAGAGGCACCAGAUGGUCAGUACGACCCGCAGACGGGAGCAGGACUUCUUCACAUUGAAGAUCUGUCCAAAGAGGACCAAGGAACUUACAGGGCAGUGGUUUCUGAUGACCGAGGGGAAGACGACACCAUACUGGACCUCACAAGUGAAGUCCUUGAUGCUGUCUUCACUGAACUGGGCAGGAUUGGUGCCCUCUCUGCAACACCACUGAAAAUCCAGGGCACUGAAGAGGGGAUCCGGCUCUUCAGCAAGGUCAAGUACUACAACGUGGACUACAUGAAAACUGCCUGGUUCCACAAAGACAAGCGCUUGGAGAGUGGUGACAGGGUAAGGGCGGGCACCACCCUGGAUGAGAUCUGGCUCCAUAUCCUAGACCCCAAGGACUCAGACAAGGGCAAGUACACCCUGGAAAUAACUGCUGGGAAGGAAAUCCGGCAGCUCUCUGCAGAUCUCUCAGGGCAAGCUUUUGAUGAUGCCUUGGCUGAACACCAGAGACUGAAGGCCUUGGCCAUCAUUGAGAAGAAUCGUGCCAAGGUAGUGAGGGGACUGCCGGAUGUGGCCACCAUCAUGGAAGAUAAGACCCUGUGCCUGACCUGUGUCAUCUCAGGAGACCCCGCUCCUGAAAUCUCUUGGUUAAAGAAUGACCGGCCUGUCACCUUCCUUGACCGCUACCACAUGGAGGUGAAGGGAACAGAGGUCACCAUCACCAUCAAGAAGGUCACCAGUGAGGACAGCGGGCGCUAUGGUGUCUUCGUCAAGAACAAGUAUGGCUCGGAGACGGGCCAGGUCACCAUCAGUGUGUUCAAACACGGGGAUGAACCCCAGGAACUAAAGAAGAUGUGAUGGGUACAGCCCAUGAGAUCCAUACUGCAUGGGCCAGCGGGGUCAACUGCCAGGACAUAGCCUGGCUCCGGUCACAGGGUGGGGCAGAGAGAAGGGGACAGGGUGGAACCCAGUGCAUGAGGGAGGGGGUGGAGUGGACACACCAAAGGGGAGAAGCAAGGAUCUCAUUGGGGUCCUGAGAGGCCUCCAGGGUGGCGGGCAGGCCCAGGACUUGGAAUAGGAAACUCAGAUGCAAGACUGAGUCUCUACUCAGCUCUACCUGAGCCCUGACUUUCUCAUCUAUCAAACGGGCAUUCCUACCCAGUCUAGGGCUGGUUUGCCAGUGUUCUCAACCAGAGGCAUCUUUGCUUUGCAGAGGGACAGUUGGCAGUGUUUAUAUUUUUGAUGGUCACAACCGGAGGUAUCUAUUGGUAUCUAGUCACAUGAGGCCAUGUAUACUGCUAAAUAAACACUGCAACCCCUGUAUAAAUUAUCCAGCCCCGAAUGUCAGUAUUACCCAGGUUAAUGAACCUGCCAUAAACCAGUCAGCACAGUUCUCCUCUUUUAAGAUCUGAUUGUUUCCAUUCUCACAAAUUCAACAAACACUGGAAGUCCAGCAUGUUCUGAUUGCAAAUGACACCGGGAAUAUAAAGAUAAAUGACACGCAGUUCCCGCCCAUGAGAAGGACUCUGUCCAAUAGGGAGGAAGACCUGGAUGCAAAUAACUCCAGGACAAGGCAGGAGAUGAUGAAGAGUAUAAGACAGAUCUAAGUAAAGUGACAGCAGUGGGCAGAGAAGAGAGACGGAUGAUUGUCACAGUUGAGGGAACUUCCCAUACUGGGUAGAACUGGUGUUGGACCCUGCCAAUGAGUCCAAUUUGGCCAUGGAGGUGGGAGAAAGACACGUCAGGAGCAGGCAUGGUAGGAGCAAAGGGGAGAGGAGGGGUGAGGCUGCCUGGGUGACUCUGGAUGCCAGGUGUGCAGCCCAGUGGGACAGAUGCUGGUUGACCUUGCUUGGUGGAUCUCGAUACAGAGCUGGGCAUUUUCCUGCCCUCCAGUUUCCUCCUUUUAAAAGAUAAGAUGGGGGUAGUAUAAAAUUAUAGAUGUUUGUGGUAAAUUUUUAGAAAACCCUGGAAAUUAUAAAGGAAAAAAUAAAAACCACCUGUA